AGCUAAAAACAUCUACGACCUCCUUCUUCCCGGAGGCGACUGCCUCUUGGUUUUCCUUGCCCGGAAUCCAAUCUUCGACGUUUACCGGAGAAUGGCUUCAAAUCCUCGAUGGGCUCCUUAUAUGAAGGAUGCUGAUCGAUUUGUUUCACCAUAUCAGGACAUUGAAAAUCCCCACAAAUUAUUAAAACAACAUCUAACUGAUGCUGGAUUCGAACAAAUCCAUUGCGAGACAAGAGACAGGGUGUUUGUUUUCGAUGGAAUCGAUAUUUUAAGCGAAUCUGUACGAGCAGUGGAUCCUUUCAAAUCUCGAAUUCCAAUUCACCAACAUAACGAAUAUUUUCAUGAUUAUUUUGAAAUAGUCAGAAAAAUGGGGUUUGUUGGAAAAACUGAUAAAAAUAAUAACGAGUUUAAAGAAGAUGAUAGUUUAGAUGGCGACAUCAAGAUCUAUUCGCCAUAUACUUUACUUAUUGCUCAUGCAAGAAAAUCAUCACAAAUAAUAAAAUAAAUAUAAGUUAAAUAUAAUAAGUAGUUAAAUCGGUCGC